AGGAAGCGGAAGUGGUGGUAGCUCGGGGAGCGUGCACCUGAGUCGGUGGUGCAGAGCCCUGGACAUUUGCCAUGGAGGGGUCUAACGAGCCGGCCCUGGAUGCUAAGGCCAAGGUCACCAACCAGCUUGUAGAUUUUCAGUGGAAACUGGGUAUGGCUGUGAGCUCAGACAGUUGCAGAUCACUUAAGUAUCCUUAUGUUGCAGUGAUGCUAAAAGUGGCAGAUCAUUCAGGCCAAGUAAAGACCAAGUCUUUUGAAAUGACAAUUCCACAGUUUCAGAAUUUCUACAGACAGUUCAAGGAAAUUGCUGCAAUUAUUGAAACUGUGUGAAAACUGAUUACUUGCCCUCUCCCAUUCUGGCUGCUGGUACGAAGAACUGUAAAACAGCAAAAAGAAGGUGGAUUCCUGAAGCACCACUGGAGGCAAACUGCAAGAACACCCUGACUUGCAGUGGACAGUAGUGUGAGCAAGAAACAAACUUUUAUUGUAAGCUGGUGAGCUUUUUGGAUAACACAAAAUAUAUGUAUGAAGAUUUUUAUUGUAUUUCCAGUGCAAGAAGUAAAAUAAAGGAAGCAGCCAAGAAUACCUGUCAGUAAGGAAAUGGUUAAGUAAAAUUGGCAUAUCUAUGUUAUGGAAUGUCAUAUAACUGCUAAGAUUUGCCUCUGGGAUAUUAUCAAUAUUGUACAUAUUACUGUGGCAUAUAAAAUUUUGUAAAAAUGCAUCCAUACAGCCCAGCUGGUAUGUAUCAGUGGUUGAGCAUCGACCUAUGACCCA